GCCACGCCCCGCGGUGUGACAGGGGGCGGGGCCGUGCGGGCGGUACCGGGUUGAACGGGCGGUACCGCGUUGUUGAACCGGGCGGUGCCGGGUUGUUGGACCGGGCUGGGCGGGGCCGGGCGGGUCGGGGCGCGGAUCGGCGCCGUUAUGCAGCGGUUCGUGGAGGGGAGCCGGGCGGCGCUGCAGCACCAAAGGAUUGUCACUGAACAGGAGAACAUCCGGCACCACCGUGAGAUCCACGUGGUGAUGGGCAACGAGGCCUGCGACCUGGACUCCACCGUCUCGGCUCUGGCCCUGGCGUAUUUCCUGGCGAAGACAGCCCCGGCGCCCAAAGCCGCCUUCGUCCCGGUGCUGAACAUCCCCCGCGCCGACUUUGCGCUGCGCACGGAGACGACGUUCCUGCUGCGGGAACAGGGCGUCCCCGCCGCCGCCCUCGUCUUUCGGGACGAGAUCGACCUGGGGGGGCUGCACCGCGCCGGGCUGCUGGCCCUGACGCUGGUCGAUCACCACGUCCUGCCCGGCGCUGACGCCGCCCUGGAAGAGGCCGUGGUGGAGGUGCUGGAUCACCGGCCCUUGGAGCGGGACCGGGCGCCCGGCUGCCGGGUGACGGCGGAGCCGGUGGGCUCCUGCGCCACCCUGGUGACCGAGCGCAUCGCGCAGGGUCCCCCGGGCGUGCUGGACGGACCCACGGCCGCGCUGCUGCACGGCACCAUCCUCCUGGACUGCGUCAACCUGAGCCCGGCGGCCGGCAAGGUGACGCCCAGGGACGUGGCGUGCGUGUCCCUGCUCGAGCAGAGGUUCCCCGAGCUGCCCGCCCGUGACACCAUCUUCCAAGCCCUGCAAGCGGCCAAGUUCGACGUCUCAGGGCUGACGACGGAGCAGAUGCUGCGGAAGGACCUCAAGGUCCUGUCCAGCGACGAGCUGCUCCUCGCCGUCAGCGCCAUCUACGUGGACCUGGAGACGUUCCUGCGCCGGCCCGGCUUGCUGCCGGAGCUGGAGGGGUUCUGCCGGGCUCGGGGCUACGCGGGGCUGGUGGCCAUGACCAUCUCUUUUAACGAGCGGAACGAGCCCGCGCGGCAGCUUGCCGUCUACAGCCAGCGAGAGACCCUCCGCAGCGCCGUGUGCCGGGCGCUGGAGGAGGAGACGUCGCCAUCCCUGCAGCUCCAGCCCCUGGCGAGCCCCUGGCCCUGCGUGGCCACCUACGCGCAGGGCAACGCGCUGGCGUCGCGCAAGAAGGUGCUGCCGGUCCUGCGGGCAGCCCUGGGGGGGCCGGGGCCCGCGGGGGGGCCGGAGGACGAGGUGGUCCCGCCGCCCACCCCCAUGAACAGCCUGGUGGAGGAAUGUCCCCUGGCACAGGCCGUGCCGCCCCUCUGUCCCCAGGAUGUCCUGGAGAGGGUCAGCCGCAUCGCCGCGGGGCAGCCCCCCGGCUCCCCUAAAUGAGGGUUCUGGGGUGCACAAAAGGACGGGGGGUUCCCUGGGCAUGGGGGGGCUGCAGCCGCCUUCGUUAGAGCUCAGCUCUAAGGGAGAUGGGUCUUUGGUGCAAUUAGCCCCCCAACGGGCUUCCCCAAUGGCCCCGAGGGGUUUGGUCUCCCAGGUGGGUUUUUGGGGGGCCAGGACAGCACCCACUUAAUGGGGUGGUUAACGAGUUCUUGCCGUUGUCCCUCCCUCUGGGGGCUGUGGGGUCCCUGGGCGGGGGUCCAGACCCACACCAGCCCCGGGCUGUCACCCGCCUGCUCCGAGGAUUAAACUUCCCUCAUUUCUUCCA